AUGGCGAACGUCGUGAAGGACGACGGCAACGGGCUGGACAAGGUGGUAUUGAAGACGCCCAAUGGGGCUUCUGCGGAGGUGUACCGUCACGGAGCGCACCUCACAUCCUUCAAGACCGCAUCUGGCAAGGAUGUGCUCUUUGUGAGCAAGCAGGCUGUGUUCAAGCCGCCCAAGGCCAUCAGGGGCGGCGUGCCUGUGUGCUUCCCGCAAUUCGGCCAGCUGGGUCCCCUGGGACAGCACGGCUUCGCACGUAACGCUGCGUUCGAGGUCGUGGGCAGCGGCGACAACAGCGUCACACUCGAGCUGGCGGCUAGCGGGAAGGAGGAUGAGCGCUAUCCUCAUCCCUUCCAGCUGCGGGUCACCGUGACCCUGGCGGAUGAAAGCCUCACGCAGAAGCUGACGGCAAUCAAUACAGGCAGCUCACCUAUCGCGUUCACGUGCGCACUGCACACCUACUUCACCGCGUCGGCGAUCGACAAGGUGCGCGUGGAGGGUCUGGACGGCGUGGGCUUCACAGACAGCCUGCAGGGCGGCAAGCCGCUGACGCAGGAGGGGCCCGUGGUGUUUGACCAGGAGGUUGACCGCGUGUACAUCGGUACGCCAGGCAGCAUCAAGAUCUUCGACGAUGGCGCGGGCAGCUGCGUUGAGAUUGUGAAGGAGGGCUUCCCUGACGCUGUGGUGUGGAACCCUUGGGUCGAGAAAUCAAAAGCCAUGGGGGACUUUGGCGACGAUGAGUACCAGGUGAUGCUUUGCAUAGAGCCUGCGGUGGCGGGCAGCGGCGCAGUAACGCUGCAGCCUGGCAAGACCUGGAACGGGACACAGACACUCACACUUUCAAACGUUUAG